CUCUGUGAUUUUUGCGUUCGCUCGUUAUCGACUCGUGUUUGACCAAUAUGCGCUCCUUUGCACAAGCAGCAGCGGCCGGGUCAAAGGGCAAGGGCUCGGCCAAGGAUUCGCUCGUAGGGGGGAAAAGGGAGGCCGGAGAGAGUGGACCUGAGGCAUCGACGUCUAAAAGGGCGCCGUUCGGCGAGGAAAGCGAUGACGACGAAGACGACGUCUUUGAAGAUGCGAGACAGGACGAGAUGGAGGAUGACGACGACGACGAGCUGAUGAUUGCAGCUCCAAAUGGCGUUCCUUCAGCGUCGACAUCGGACAAGAAGGGCAAGGCAGCCGAUGUGGGAGAGACUAGUGCGACUGCCAUGUCGAUUGAUCCGUCCUCGAAGCCGUCGUUUGCGCCCCUGUCCAAGGCUGCCGCCCAGUCGGCCCGGGAUGCGACCGACACUACGCGGGGACAGCUGCGCAAGAUCCCCAUUCCACCGCACCGAAUGACGCCGCUCAAGAACGAGUGGCCGAAGAUCUACACGCCGCUGGUCGAGAUGGCCGGUCUGCAGGUCCGGAUGAACGUCAAGCGUCGGACAGUGGAGAUCAAGUCGUCCAAGCAUACCGGCGACGUCGGCAUGCUCCAAAAGGGCGCCGACUUUGUCAAGGCGUUUGCCCUCGGCUUUGAUGCCGACGAUGCCCUGGCGCUGCUCCGGAUCGACGAUCUCUUUGUCGACAGCUUUGAAAUCAAGGACGUGAAGACGCUCCAUGGCGACCAUCUCAGUCGUGCCAUUGGGCGAAUCGCAGGAAAAGACGGAAGGACCAGGUUUGCGAUCGAGAAUGCAUCGAGGACCCGGCUGGUCGUGGCAGAGACAAAGAUCCACAUCCUCGGCUCGUUCGCAAACAUCAAGAUUGCCCGGGACGCCGUCGUGGCGCUCAUCAUGGGUAGCCCGCCGGGCAAGGUUUAUGCCAACCUCAAGACGAUCGGGGCACGACAGAGGCAGCGCGGAUAGAUUGUUCCAGCAGCAAUACAUGAUUACGAACUG